CCAUCGCUGUGGAAGUUUCAUGGCAUUGUCUCGUUGUCAAAAACAGUCUGUCUGGUCGGAAACUUUGAAACGUACGUAAUUAUAGUUCGCGUUUGUUUCAGAGACACUGCCAAAUUCAGCUAUGAGCUUAUGAGAAGUGAGGCUUUUUGGUUGAGUAGCCCUAGUAUGCAACAAGAAGUUGAAGAUACAAAGCGCAUUUGUAAAGAAGUGAAGAGCUCAGAGACCAGGUGUUGCUGAAUGGCACGAGCUGUUGAGCAAUGAUGGCAGAGCUGGAGGUGGAUCAAUCCAACCUGCCCAGAGUCCAGGAGGUGUGCCAGUGUUUUGCUGUUCUGGAGGAUGGAGCUUUAGCUCAUAAUCUGCAGGAGCAGGAAAUCGAGCAAUACUACAGCUCAAAUGUGGAGAGAAGUCAGCUGGUGCAGAAGGACAUCAGAGUGGCCAAGAGACUGCAGGAUGAGGAGCAGCAGAGAGUGCAGACGCUUGAGCAUCAGACCACUCGUCAGCUGGAGGAACGGGAUUCAGAAUAUGCACGCAUGAUUCAGGAGGAGAUCCAGCGGUGUGCAGAGGAGGCUCGAAGGAGGGAAGUUGAGGACGAGGAAAUCGCUAAAAGGAUACAGGAAGAAGAACUUUGUUUGAGACACAGGAGCAGUUACCAAAAUAAAGAUGUUAGAGAAUCCAUAAGCGUUCCUGCUCGUCCAUACUCACCUCAGCCUGUUCAAACAUCUCACAACCGGUCUCCGACCAGUAGAUGGCAGCACUCCAUUUCUCCCAACUAUUCUGACUUUGAGGAGGACCUGAUUGAGUACAGCAGGCCUACUGUCAUCAGGCAGGCCAGAAAACCUGUUGUAGAACAUAGAAGAUCUUCUAGAGCUCAUUUAGAGCAGGACGACAGGAGCGUGACCAGUCAAAACAGCAGCAGCAGAUCUUCACAGCUGUCAGGUGGAUGGGGUGAUGUCGUUCAGCUCAUAAAGAAUGAUAUGAGUGAGCAAGGCUACCUCAGCUACAGCUCUGAGGAUGAUCUCUUUGAACCUGUCUAUAGACUUGAGAAGAUACUGCGAAAAAAGAAGCAGGUCUCGGAAACGCGGUUGAAUCGCCACAGCAGUGUCAGGCAGGGUUGUAGGAGAUCAAGGCAAGGAGAUGGUUGUAGUCAUACGGAAAGUUUUAGCGAAAGACGUGUUCAUUUCCUGGAUGAACGAAGGCGUACUAACAGUUGUCAAGAACCUACGAAAGUUGGUUGUAGAACCAAUGAAAAUGGUAUCAGUGACAGUAGGGAAAGAGUUCAUUGUUCAACAGGGUUAAUAAAAGAUGAUCACACACGCCUUACUCAGUCUCUUCAACCUCAGGGGUUUCGACGGAACAUUUCGAUGCGACGUAGUUACCAUGGUAACGUAAGGCGGACAUCUGUGCCUGAAGGCAGCAGAACAUGCAGCAUAGAUGAUUCUAACUUGGGUAGAGCAAGACCCACAAAUGAUGGACCCUUACUGCAACCUAGAGCACGACAAUCUGUGCAAGUGGAGGAUCGCUUGAGGGAUACGUCAAGGUGGGAGAUGGUGAGGAGUGGAAACUCACGGCAGAGAGCUCUAUCAUUAACGGAAGCUGAAAGAAGGAUAGACAGGGACCACAGGCAUGGUGAGCGUAGAGUUAGACGAAUUCAAAGUGAGCGCUGGCAGACUGUCGAGGAAGAGAGAUCGAGCACAGAGGAAGAGUUGGAGAGGGAGAGCAGGAGGAAGGAGAGAUGGAUUCAGAGACCGCAGUUCUGCAGUGGCCGCUCUCCUGGAGCAGGGCCUGUUUUUAGGAGUGGAACAACUGCUCUUGACAUGGGAGAACUGGAGCAGGUGUUAAGGGAUGAGGAGUUGGCCCGCAGGCUCCAGGAAGAGGAGGAGAGAUUGGUCGAAGAGGCUCAGCAUGCUUCCUCACCUCUCUCAUCUAGAGAUUGUCCGGUUGGAGACUUUAGAGCAGCACAGGUUGCUCAAGAUGAGGAAAUUGCACGUUUCAUACAGAAACAGGAGAUAAAGGUUAAGCGGAGUUCCCGUGAGUUGGAAUCUGCUGGGCAGGAAUUCAGGGAGAUUGAAAGAAGAGCAACAUGUGACAGACAGAGGCGGAGACUGGAUUCCGAAGGCCUUCGAUCCCCAGUUGAUGACUUCACCCCAGACCAUCCAGGUCAAAUGUCUACGCCAGUGCAAACACAAGCCAUUAAGAAUAUCGCAGAAGAGCUUGACCCCACGUUUCAAAGAAAAAACUCAGCCGAUGAUGGAAAAAUCAAUGGUCAGCAUCAAACUUCCCCACAAGCAGGCUCAUACAACCCAUUGGAUGAACCAACGUUUAUUCCACCCACAAAACGACAGAGUGAAAAACUUGGACGAGUAAAGACCAAAGAGAAAAAAGAAAAUGUGAAACAGAAAGAGAAUUGCAAGCAGCAGUGAUGCUGGACAUGUGAAAUGACCUUCAAUAAAUAAGUCAUAUAUGCAUAGAUGCUGUAGGUCCCAACAGUUGGGGAUUUUCCAAUCUUCUGCUUUCACCAGUAUUUGUUGGGAUGUAAUAAACAAACAAACUUGCAAAACAGGGACACUCCAGAUAAUGCUGCUGUUACUAGCCAACAUCUGUCAUGCUCUCUUUGAGUUUUCGGUUUCAUUUUUGGUUUAGCAGCUGGCUAGAAUAUCACCACAAAAGGGAAAGCUCCAAUCUAACAUGCAGUACUCUUCAAAAAAUGCAUUCCUUUUUUUACUUCUGGGAAUAUCAGAAAUUAUACUACGCUGAAGAUACAGGAAGUUGACACACAUCGUUGUGUUUUUACAUAACUGUUCAUUUCAAAAUACAUCCAAGCAGGCAUUCUUUUACUAUGGAUUGUACUUUCCUUUUCUUGUAUUCCAGGAACUACAUCUGUCUUAAAUCGCCCAAAGUGUUAUUUUCAUUUUUGUGUGUUGCUUUCAUUGAGAACACGUGUGUCAGCUUCGUGCUUUAAAAUGUUUACUAUUCUUAAUAUUAUUACUGAUAAUAUUUAGUAGUUUACAAGACCUGGAGUCAUAUUUCUCUUCUUCUGCCUUCUUUGUAGUUUACAUCAGCAUAUUUUAUAUAUGCUUUACCAGGUUAGAGGAAAUGAAAGAUUUAGUACUGAUGAUAAGUGCCAUUUUUUUUUACACAUGUUUAUAAGUGUUAUGACAUCAAUGUAAACAAUGUGUUGUCAACAAUCAGACCUUUAUUGCUUGUAUAAAGUCAAAAAAAAUCCUUGUACAGAAGAUUAAAAAAAUCUAUAUAAAUCAUCAUUCAAUCAUACUCAUGCUGUCAAUAUCCUUCUUUAGAUUUAAGGAAACACACUUUGCAUACAGUGUUCAGCAGACUGUAUUGUGUGAAUUUCCCAAAUUCAUGCAAAUCUCAACGGGAAGCACCUUAAACAAAUUCCAGAAAAUUCUCUUUCCGAAUUCUCUGUGCAUGCAUUAGACAUGUUCUUUUAACAGGAUUACCCUGUCAGGGUUUUACACGGUGACGCAUAGUGACACAUUCUUUAGAAUGACCUUUUCAGUUGCACCAUUACCACAGCUCUCGCCCACCAGCUGUUCCACCUAACCCUCACAGCUGUUAUUAUUCGAACUCCCUGUCAAAUCAAUUAUCCCUUAAAGAUCUUUUUUAGUGGAUGCACCGUGAUUUAACUCGACAUGUCAGUACUUGUUGUCAAGGUGUAGUAGGAAAACCAAUCCAAAUGAUUCAUCGAAACUGGUGUACUAUAGACGCACUACAGGACAUGUAAAUAUUGCAGUCUUGUCACUAGGGAACUCCCGCUGAGUCACUCACCAACAGUGCAUAACGAUGAAGUUCAAGGUGCAAUAGUAGAUUAGAAAUGUGAAUAGAAUCUUACAACUCAUCUUUAAGUGUUCAUAUUAUUUACAGAAGCAAUACUCCCUUGAACUGGUUUUCUGACCUUAGCUUUCUGAUAAAAAUUGACGCAAAAGGAAAUGCUAGAAGAUUCGCUGUCAGAGGAUUUUGUCCUCAAUAACCUGUUUAAUGACCUGACUAUUUACUACAGGUAUUCCCCUACAUAGCCAUUCAGUGACCUCUGAUGUUUUCUAUAGUUAUAAAUAUACUGUAUUUACAAUAUACAGAACAGGUUUUGCAAAAUAAUACAGCACCACAGUGUAGUUUAAAUGUUUCAUAUGAAAUCACUGGCUUAUUGAAUUUUGCAUGAUUAACCAUAUGCGGGACACUUUGUUUUAAAGUACAAUUCUCAGCGAAGUAUUAACUAUGACUUUUGCCUCACUCCUCAUUUGCUACUUAUUAAUAGUUAUUGAGGUAGUAGGUGGGUUUAAAUAUUGCUUAGGAUUUGGGAUUUUGAAUAAGAUCAUGUACUUUAGAAGGACUAAUAAAAAAAACUGUUGCAUAACUAGAGACAGAUCAUGUCAGUGUUAUGAAAUUAAGAGGAAAUGUCAGGGGGAAAUGUCAAACAUCAGCGGAAACGUGAUAACUUAUUUUUUUUUGUAAAAGAUUGAUGGUAAGCUGAAGUGAGAGAUUUUAGUUUUUUUAAGGAUACCUAUGAUGAAAAUCAUCUUUUGGAAGCUUUUUGGACAGAACUUUGUAUAAGGUGUAGGUAUAGUGUGUCCACAGUCAUAUUGGGGUGAUUAUAAAGACAAUAAAUCUCUUUUUUUUUUUUUCUUUUUUUUUUU